AUGUUGUAGAGAUGGAACUUAGUAUAAUUUAAAGAGAGUGAUCCAAAGAAUUUUGAUAAAGUAGGAGAACAAUUCAUUAGACAACUUCAAAUAAACAUCAGGGAAAUUAAUAAUUUAUUCAAUACAUAAUAGUUUGCUAAAUCACUUAUUUGUAUAACUGAAAUAAUCUGUUAAAGCAAGUUUAAUCUUAAUAAUAUGUUAGGAAAAUAUACGCUAAAUAAUUAGGCGAAGCUGCAGCAAAUUUAAAAAUAUUUUUAGAGGAAUAUAUGGAAGAAAUUGAAGGAAUUACAUAUGAAAAAAAGAAUUUUUAAAUUGAAUAAUAAUAAGAAGCAGCUAUCAAAUUUAUUAAUAUUAUGGAGAUUGCAGGAGAAACUAUUCAAGAUUGGUAUUAAUUUAAGCAUUUGCCAUCCCUCAAAUUAACAAAUCUAUUUGAAAAAGAAAGUAAUUAAUCAUAUUAAAAUAAAUUAGUCAAUUAAAUAAAAGAUACUUAUAAUGUUUUAUAGAAUCGAAAUUGUUCUUUUUGUUAACUUAUUUGA